AGGACUUAUCUGGACUCUACCCCUGAUAAUAAAUUCAGGCGUGUUCGGAAUACUGUUGGCAAUUGGUGGAAUCAUCAUGAUUGCGGUUUCUGAGCGCGUGGACUAUGUACAAAAUUCCUCUAAUGAAAUCGUCAUGGAGAAGAAAUCUGCUGGACUUUUAGCUGGAGGAAUAAUUUGUAUGAUAGUUGGAGUUUUGUUUCUCAUCUUAUGCAUCUCCCUGGCGUAUUACACCAAGAAGAGAUACAAAGGCGUGAUCUCUAGCAGCCACCUUCGUCGUCACGUCAUCCACUGCAGUCCCCCAUACCGCGACGAGGAUCAGCUUCUGAGCAGAGACCAGUCAUACGUGCCUACAACUGCUCCAGAACAGACGCACGGUGUGACACCAAUGAGGUGUCAUCGUAAUACAGUGUGUCACACCCUAGACGGACAAGUAAUGGAAUAUCAAAACUCCCAGAGUGUACCACCCGUGAGUUACACUAGUACUCCCCCCAGGGCUCCGUUGAAUCACCUUCGUUCUGUUGCUGUAUACCCGCCACGCUACCCUCCUUCUGUAGGGCAGCGUUUUAACUAUAAUCAUUCCUCAAACGGGCAGCCUCAGCCUUUCUAUUAUGAUUUUUCAACGGACGACUUGCGCUCACGUCGGCCUCCUUCUGUCACUACAGGUCCUUUGCGUUCUCGGUCGUUUCUUGAACCGCCUUCGCAUGACCUUUUGCCUCCUAGCGAGCAACAAUUGCGUAACAAUUUUUCUCCUUCUGGAAUAGCCUCAGAUAACCAUAUUCUUCGUGAACAACCUUUGCAUAUCCUUCCUGAUGCUCAACCCAUAAGUAAGCCAUAUUACCCUCCUUCUAUGGGUAAGCAAUUAGGUUAUACUCAUUCUCCAAAUGGGCAGCGUUACUAUUACGACUUUUCAACCGACGAAGUGCGUACACAUCGUCCUCGUUCUAACAGAGAGGUGGCACAUCCUCAGCCUCCCCUUAGGAGGAUGGUUUCAAAUAAUCCGAUAAUUGAUGAACGGAAUUUGCAGACUCUCCAAGAAGAAGAACCUUCAGCUAAGCCUAGAUCUCCUGAUGAACAGCCCUCAUGGAUCUCUCAUUUGCCUGGAGAAGAACCUUUAAGUAAUAUUCCUGAUUCUAAUAGAGAGCCUUCAAGCAACACUCUGUCAGAAGGAGAACCUUCUCUCAGCACUACUUUAUCUAAUUUGGAAACUUUACCUAUUUCUCCUACCCCUUCACCUGAGGCAGACCUUUCAAUUGAUUAUCCUGAUCCUAAUGAAGAACCUUCAGGCGGCUUCCUUGCUCUAGAAGAAGAACCUUCAAACUAUAUUCUAAUUGAUCCCGAGGAGGAACCUUCAAGUAAUGCUCCUGCUCCUGAGGAAGGACCUUUGAGUGAAACACCUGCCCCAGAAGAGGAACUUGCAAGUAAUGCUCCUGAUCCUGAAGGUGAACAGUCAAGUAACACUCCUGCACCUGACGAGGAACCCUCAAGUGAUAUGCCUGGUCCUGACGAGGAACCAUCAGAUAAUAUACCUGGUCCCGAGGAAGAACCAUCAGAUAAUAUGCCUGUUCCUGAGGAGGAAACUUCUGAUCCUAAAGGGGAACUUUCUGGAAACAGCCCUACUCCUGAUGAAGACCCUUCAAAUAAUAAUACUGCUCCUGAGGAGGAACCUUCAAGUAACAGUCCUGCUCCUGAGGAGGAACCUUCAGGUAACACUCCAGCACCUGAAGAAGAACCUUCAAGUAACACUCCGGCUCCUGAAGAGGAACUUUCAAAUGACACUCUAUCUCCUGAGGAGGAACCUUCGAGUAACACUCCUGCUCCUGAGGAGGAACCUUUAGGUAACAAUUCUGCUCUUGAAGAGGAACCUUCAGGUAACAGUCCUGCUCCUGAGGAGGAACCGUCAAGUAACACUCCUGCUCCUGAAGAGGAACCUUCAGCUACUACUUCUGUACAUGAGGAGGAACCUGCGAACAGUAUUCCUGCUAAUGAGGAGGAACCAUCGAGCAAAACUCCCAUUCCGGAUGAGGAGCCUUCAGAUGACAAUCCUGCCCCUGAAGAAGUACCUACAGGCGACACUCCUUUACCUAAAGCAGAACCUUCAAGUGAUGCACCUGCUUCUGAAGAAGAGGCUUCAACUAAAGUUCCUGCUCCUGAUGAGGAACCAAAGUAACACUCACUCUUCUAGCGUGUCAACUUCAGGUCGCCUACGCAGAGAGACCUCGCCCAUACUUCCAAUCAAGAAUCCUCAGAAAACAAAUAGAUUCGUUCUUUUGAUAUCAUUGAUAACUCGACCCUUAAGCUGUCUCUUCAUUAACUGUACUCGGGAUGGAGAAUGUGCUCGCCUUUUAUCCAGGAGCACGAAUACCUACGCUGAUAAAGUUAUGCAAUCCUUUCGUCCAGUGGAAUAGAUUUUGCUGAUGUGGAUAAGAGUGAUAUACAUUUCCAUUAUAUUAAUGGUUCAUAUUAAGUAAAUUACACGAUGUAUUGACUUUUCUUAAAUGAAAGAGGAAAGAACAAAGGUGGACAGGAUCUCAACAGUGUUCUGCUCGGAAUUACAGAAAAGUGGCAUUGUUUUAAAACUAUGGAUAAGAGCAUUUUUUUAUAUAUCCACGAAGAUGAUAAACGUACUUAUUUUUAUACCAAUAUAUUUAUAUAUAUGUCUUGUAAGAUAAUACAAUAAGUAUUUUGCUUUCGUUGUUGAAACUGCUUACAUUCCUAAUACUGCGUGUAUUGUUGUUGCUGCAAAAUUUAUUGUUCAGUGUGUUGAAUAACCUUAUAGAUUUAUCACCUACCAUAAAAGUAUUACAUUAAUACUUGUUGUUGUUUCUCAGUACAUUUCUAAUUCACAGUUGAUCUGGCA